UGGCCGUUUCUGCAACGGUCUCAGCUUCAAGAGUUUAAUUUUCGCAUUUCCAACAGGAAAAAUACAUUUCUUUAGUAGUGAAAUCUGCCUCAGAGCCGUGUUGUUGCAGAUUAACUUUCUGUGUUUGAAAAUGUAAACAACAACAAAAGAAUCCAAGGAGAGCAAAAGUGUUCAGUCAAAGCGGAAAUGCAAGAGGUCUUGGUUUUGCUUGUCCUGAUAGAAGAGGGUUUUGCAUUGGCACAGAAAACUCAAGCAUUGCCUCAGAAUGUGGCUGUUGAGGAUAAGAAACCCGCUCACUGUGGAACUUUGAUCCAGACAGCUAAUGGAGGAUCAUUCAGUUCUCCAAAUUACCCCAACACCUACCCACCAAACAAGGAGUGUGUUUACAUACUGGAGGCCCACCCACGGAAGAGAAUCAAGCUCGACUUCGAUGACAACUACUACAUCGAGCCUUCCUUUGAGUGUCGGUUUGACAACAUUGAAAUUCGCGAUGGGCCGUUUGUUUUCUCUCCGUUGAUUAAUCGUUUCUGUGGGGCACAGAGUCCAGGUGUGGUCACCUCCUCAGGACGGUUCAUGUGGAUCAGGUUUAUCAGUGAUGAGGAGUUGGAAGGACAGGGAUUCAGGGUGGAGUACUCAUUUACUGCAGACCCUGAUUUUCAUCUUCAUGUCGGAGGGCUUUUAAAUCCUAUUCCAGACUGUCAGUUUGAAAUGUCUGGAUCAGAUGGUAUAAUCAGAUCCAGUCAAGUUGAGGAGGAAAACAAAGUGAAAUCAGGGGAAGCAGUAGAUUGUAUAUGGACCAUUCGAGCUCCACCAAUGUCAAAGAUCUAUCUGCGCUUUCUGGACUAUCAGUUGGAGAACUCAAAUGAGUGUAAAAAAAACUUUGUCGCGAUCUACGAAGGCAGCAAUGCCAUUGAAGACCUGAAAGCCAAGUUCUGUAGCACUGUUGCUAAUGACGUCACGGUUGACAACGCUGUGGGCGUGGUACGAAUGUGGGCCGACGAGACCAGCAGACUGAGUCGGUUCCGUAUGCUCUUCACAGUGUUUUCUGAACCUCCAUGUUCGGCCAACGCAUUUUUCUGUCACAGCAACAUGUGUAUCAACAACACUCUGGUCUGUAAUGGCGUUCAGAACUGUGUGUACCCCUGGGACGAGAACAACUGCAAAGAAAAGAAGUCUAAAGGUUUUUUCCUGCAAAUGAGCAAAACCCAUGUCACUGCCAUUGGAGUGGCCUCUGGUGUGGUCUUUCUCCUCCUAAUCAUAUCUGUAUUUAUACAGAUGAAGCAGCCGAGAAAGAAGGUUUUGAAUCGUAAGGGUUUGUUCAGCAUGACAGAGAUGCAGGAGGUGCUGGAGCCGCCUCAGUAUGAGCUGUUCUCUUUGCGUGAAGCCGAGCUGCCAGAGAUGCUGACGGAGGAGCUGGAGAGCCAGAAGAAUCUCCGGCGAUCUUCCAGCACAUCCCGCUGCGUCCAUGAGCAUCACUGUGGCAUGCAGGGCAACAUCGCCUCCAGAGCGCAUCAUCUCUCACAGGCGUCUGAGGAGCUGAGCGGGGCUGUAGGAGCCAGAGGCUGGGGCAGUUUACAUGGACGCAGGAGCAGCUCACGCACUACCUCUUUCACGCACGGUCCGCAUGCUUACAGCGCACAGAGCCUGCGUGAGGCGCUAGAGGAUGGGGAGGUGAGUCUGGAGAGCCGAGUGAUGGAGGAGAUUGGGUACAAUGAUAGUUACGCCCAUGGAGGUCGUGCCAUUAUGGUGCGUAACCAUUCAAACCCUGUUCAGCAGCGUUCCCUCUCCAUGGACUUCUGAGUGAUGAAGAAGUCAGCUGACACUUUUUGUCACAUGUAAAAAUACAAUAAUAUAAUGCAUAAAUAACUGUAAAUGUUGCCCACAGCCUUUGCAGAUUUCGAUCAGUGUUCAUGAUGUCAUCAAAGUCGUCUUUAGGUACAUCAGUUAGGCUUUGUUGACACACAGAAAAAUCAUUACAAAUAAUUAGUGUUGGGAACCGAGAACCGGUUAUUAUAUAUUAUGAGCUUCUUUUGAAUCUGCAGCGUGAAACAGACAACUUGAACAGCGUAGACCGAUUCCUGAACGAAUGAAUCUUAUGAGCUGGUUCUUUUGAACCUAUAUUGUGACACAUACAGCGCAAACAGCGUAGUCCGAUUCUCGAACGAGUGAAUCUUAUGAGCUUGUUCUUUUGAAUCUGCAGCUCGAAAAAGACAGCGUGAUCAGUGUAGUCCAAUUCCUGAACUAAUGAAUCUUUUGGCCCGGUUCUUUUGAAUCUAUAUCACAAAAUAUACAGCGCAAACAGCGUAGUCUGAUUCUCGAAAGAAUUAAUCGUAUGAGCCGGUUCUUUUGAAUCUGUAGUGCGAAACAUACAGCAUUAACAAUGUAGUCCAAUUCCCGAACUAAUGACUCUUAUGAGCUGGUUCUUUUUAAUCUAUAGCGUGAAAUAUACAGUGCGAACAGUGUAGUCCGAUUUUCGAACAAAAGACUCUUAUAAGUCGAUUCUUUUGAAUCUAUAUCGCGAAACAUACAGCGCAAACAGCAUAGUCCGAUUCUUGAACGAAUGAAUCUUAUGAGCUUGUUCUUUUGAAUCUGCAGCUCGAAAAAGACAGCGUGAACAGUGUAGUCCAGUUCUCGAACGAAUGAAUCUUAUGAGCCGGUUCUUUUGAAUCUGCAGCUCGAAAAAGACAGUGUGAACAGUGUAGUCCAAUUCUCGAAACGAAUGAAUCUUAUGAGCCGGUUCUUUUUAAUCUGCAGCUCGAAAAAGAUAGCGUGAACAGUGCAGUCCAAUUCUUGAACGAAUGAAUCUUAUGAGCCGGUUCUUUUGAAUCUGAGGUCGAAAAAGACAGGGUAAACAGUGUAGUCCAGUUCUCUAACGAAUUAAUCUUAUGAGCCGGUUCUUUUGAAUCUGCAGCUCGAAAAAGACAGCGUGAACAGUGCAGUCCAAUUCUCGAACGAAUGAAUCUUAUGAGUCGGUUCUUUUGAAUCUGAGCUCAAAAAAGACAGUGUGAACAGUGCAGUCCAAUUCUCGAACAAAUGAAUCUUAUGAGCCGGUUCUUUUGAAUCUGAGCUCAAAAAAGACAGUGUGAACAGUGCAGUCCAAUUCUCGAACGAAUGAAUCUUAUGAGCCGGUUCUUUUGAAUCUGCAGCUCGAAAAAGACAGCGUGAACAGUGCAGUCCAAUUCUCGAACGAAUGAACCUUAUGAGCCGGUUCUUUUGAAUCUGAGCUCCAAAAAGACAGCGUGAACAGUGCAGUCCAAUUCUCAAUCGAAUUAAUCUUAUGAGCCGGUUCUUUUGAAUCUGAGCUCCAAAAAG